AUGGAAAAGAAUUUUACGAUAGCUUCUUUGGAAUUUUGCCUAUCACAAUUGAAACGAGCUGAUGAAUCUGUUGUUAGGAAAGCGAUUACGUCAGGAGAUGGACUUUCCGAGUCUUCAGGUUGGUUUUUCACUGAAAAUUUUCAUAUUUUGGUAUGAAUUUUUUUCAGAUGACGUUGGUCAAAAAUUGUCAGAAGCUCAUAAAAAUGCAGUCAAGCAAUGCUUAACAAAUGCCGAUAAAUUGGCCACCUUACAUAAUCAAAUUGACGCGUGUGACAAGGUUUUUGAGGUAGGAAAACAAUUUGAAUCAAAAUCAAAACGAAGGUUUCUAGAGACUGCAAAAUAUGUUGUGUAGUUUUCAAAAUAAUUUGGGGACAAUUGGUGAGGAUAUGAAACAAUUACAAGUGCAAUCAUUGGAUAUUCAUCAAGAGCUUGAAAAUCGACAAAAAGUUCGGAAUGAACUGAGUCAAUUCGUUGAUGAUAUUGUUGUACCGCAACCUAUGAUUACAACAAUUAUGGAUGCUGAUCCGAAUGAGCGUGGAUUCAUCGAAGCGCUCCACGAAUUACAUCACAAAAUUAAUUUAAUAUCAUCGAGGGGGAAUGGUGAAGCUGUUGCUGUGAAUGAUACGAUUCCGAUUUUAGAAAAUUUAAAAUAUAAAGCUAUUGAGAAAGUGCGCGAAUGGCUUUUAUUGAAGAUCUAUCAGUUUCGGAAACCGCUAUCGAAUUAUCAAAUCUUUCAACAUCAACUUCUAAAGUGUCGAUUUUUCUACGAAUUUGUGCUGAAUCAUGAGCCAGCAAUAGCUAGAGAGGUGUGUCGUCUGUUUUUUCUGUAUUCCAGCUAAAGAUCAACAUAUUUCAGCUUCAAGAUGAAUACAUCGACACAAUCAGCAAGAUGUUCUUCACAUACUUCAAAGCCUAUGCUUCACGUCUUUUCAAACUCACAAUGAAAGACGCGGCUAGUAAAGAAGAUUCUGUUGGAGCAAUCGAUACGGCAAAAUCUAGUGGAAUAUCUGGAUUUUUUGCAGCAAAGCCGCAAGUGAGAAAUCGAGCGACGGUUUUUUCGAUUGGACAAAGGAAUGGUGUUUUGCAAUCGGAUUUUCUUGGAGCUUUGAUUGUCCCCCAUGCCGCAGCCCAGAAUAAUCAAUCGGUGAGUGUUUUUUUUGAAAUUUGAAAAGCCCAACCACGCCUGACGAGACGUGUACACAAAGGAUACUGUACAAAAAUUUUCAAAUGAAAAUUCCCGCCCAAACCAAAAUUUCGAUUCGUGCGAGAAGCUAAUAAAAGUUUUCAAAUUUUUUUUCCAUUUCACUGCCCAUUUUUUCACGAAAAAGUGAAGUGUUAAUUGAUUUUCAGCGGAUUUUUAUGAAAAUUUUCAAAAUUUUCAAAAAAUUUCAAAAUUUCACGCUGCACAAAAAUUUUGGAACACUCUCUCGCCAAGUGUGAGCCCAACUAACAUUUUUUUGCAGUUCCAAUUCGAAACCUUGUUCCGAUCUCUCCAAUUGGCCUUCGUCGAUCAUUAUAGUCAUGAAUAUCUCUUCAUCACCGACUUUUUCCUUGUCUCUGAAAACGAAGCGCUCGAAAUCCACUCAAAAGCAAUGGCUCGAGCUGUUUCGGUCCUUCUCAAAUGCUGCGAAGAGCAAAUUGUUGUCAAUUGGGAUGCGAUCAGUUUACAUCUCUGCAUCUGUUUAUGCGAUAAAUUCCAACAAUUAUUGAUUGAAAGAGAAGUUCCUGAUGUGAAUGGAUAUUGGGAAACAAUGUCGAAUAUUUUAUGGACAAGAUUUGAUCAAGUGAUGACAAAUCAUAAUGAUAGCGUGAGAAUGAUUGAUUUGAAAAAGUUGCAAAAUCAGGGAGCACUUGACGCAAGACCCCAUUUUAUUGUUCGAAGAUAUGCUGAAUUAACAAGUGCACAUUUGACAAUCGCAAAAUCAAAUGGAAAAGAAAUUGGGCCAAAAGUUGGGGCACUCUUAGAAUCCAGUGAAGAUGCAAUUGAGCAACUUUUGACAAGAAUGUCAACAAUGCAAACGAGUCAUAAAAAUAAGCAUGUUUUCUUGAUCAAUAAUUAUGAUUUGAUUCUUGGAGUUAUUGAUGAUAAUGAAUCGAAGCAAAGUCGAAUUUAUGCAAUUGUUCACGAAUUGGAGCAAAAGAGCAUUGAUGAUUUUGUUGAGGUAUAGGGGAAAUUUUGUGUAAAAAUCUUAUUGGAAUUUUUUUUAGGUUGUGUUGGAUCCUCAUAUUGGUUUCUUGAUCAAGUUUGUUACCGAAUGUGAAGGUUUGAUAAAUCAAGGACAUACUCAAUUGCUCGUGAGAUACAAUGGUGAGUUCAAUAACAUAUUUGUGAAAAUGUUUUGGUUGGGAAGUAUGAAAUUUCGAAGAUAAACUAUGACUUUCAAAUUCUACGACCCAUAGAAAAUUCGCUGAAAUUAUUUAAUCGUAUCUUCAAGCAGAAUUUUUUUUUGGAAAAAUGCUUUUCCAGACAAAAUCUCAACAGUUAUCACAACAUUCAAUCAAAAAUGGAAGCAAUCAAUCGACGCAAUUCAUUCCGAAGUGAUGAACCUCUUCACCAAUUUCCGACUUGGCACCUCAAUUCUUCAAACAAUCUUCACCAAAUUCGUGCAAUAUGUUCAGCGAUUCUCCAAAAUCAUAGCACACGAAGUGUUUUCAUCAAAUUCGGCGUGCAGUGAAAUGAUCAAUGUGCAUCAAAUAAUGCUAGAAAUCAAGAAAUACAAACCUGUUUAUUAG